AUGGCUGUGGCUGUGGCUGUGGCUAUGGCUUCCACUGGAAGUAAUUUUGGGCUUCACAGUAAUUUGAAAGCUAUUGAAAAACAAUCCAUUUCAAAGGCUGCUCCUUUGAGAUGCUUCUUUAGUUUGGAUCCAGUUCAUCCUUCAUGCAUUAUACCCAAAAGGAGCUUGUCAUUUUCUGCGAGUACAAUUAUUGGAAAAGCGACUCCGGCCACAGCUGUUGAGGGUGGAAAUUCUCAAGAAACUGAUACAGUUCCAAUGCCCAGUGUUCUAAUAGAUCAAGACUCAGAUCCAGAUGCUACAAUCGUAGAGAUAACUUUCGGGGAUCGUCUUGGGGCUCUUCUCGACACAAUGAAUGCUCUUAAAAAUCUUGGACUGAAUGUUGUCAAGGCAAAUGUCUACCUUGAUUCAUCUGGGAAGCACAACAAAUUCGCUAUCACUAAAGCUUCAACAGGGAGAAAGGUUGAUGAACCCGAGUUGCUCGAGGCAAUACGUUUGACAAUAAUUAACAAUCUGAUAGAAUAUCAUCCGGAGUCAAGUUCACAGUUGGCUAUGGGGGUCGCAUUUGGUGCCAUACCACCAAUUCAAAAGAUUGAUGUGGAUAUAGCAACCCAUAUCACCGUCCAUGAAGAUGGUCCUGAACGAAGCUUACUCUACGUGGAGACAGCAGAUCGUCCUGGAUUACUCGUGGAUCUUGUAAAGAUCAUUACUGAGAUAAACAUCUCUGUUGAAUCUGGAGAGUUCGAUACAGAGGGUUUGUUGGCCAAGGCAAAGUUUCAUGUAAACUACAAGGGAAAAGCUAUUAUCAAACCCCUUCAACAGGUUCUUGCGAAUAGUUUGCGUUAUUUCUUAAGGAGGCCAACCACUGAAGAAUCGAGUUUUUGA